AUGAUUUCUUCUUAUUUUAGCAACCUAAGAGCCUCUAUUGACUUUAACCAAAUUUUUGCUUAUUACAAUUUUGAUUCCAAUUUACAUAACCCAUACAAUGACUUCCCAAUCAUAACGAGUACUUAUUUGGAGGCUAUGAUACCUCUUCACAGAGAAAAUUUGGAAUUCGUAGGUGAAAAAUGGUUAUCAGCUUUACUUUCCAGAAUUUUAUGUCAUAGGUUUUCCUUUAGCAAACAAAACACUCUGGAGAAAUUAGAAAACGCCAUGCUAUCUAAUGAGGCUUUGAAUGUGUUACUUUCAAAAAUACGCCUACCAGAGAAAUUCAAUAAUAUUGAGGGGUUCAAAGCUUAUAUCGGAGCGUUGGUCCAAGAUGAAGAUGGUCCAGCUAUGAAAACUAUCAUCACUUGGCUUGCAGAAGUACGUGACGCGCAGCUUACUCAACUAAAGAAUGCUAAUUUGAAGGUUCUGUACCCUUCAGAUUACAAGCAACAACUUAUAGAACUGUUGGAAAAUAACAAAAGUAACCAUGAAGUAUCAUUUAUUUCCAAGAAUAUAGGUGGUAAAUAUGUUUCGAGCGUACAUUUGGGCGACACUAUUUUAAGUAUAGGCGACCCAUCUAAUACUACUCAAGAGACAGAACACAAUGUAUCCAAAAAAGUACUGAAUGAUCAAGUUUUGUUGUCCAAGCAUUCCAUAUUUUCAACAGUUGAUAGUGCUGAAAAGACACCAAAUAACUUAGUAUCCACAGCAAAUACCGAUCCAGAAUUAUUAACAAGAAAAAUCAUGGAAUCCGUUAAUGAAAAGGUGGCUUCCAUCGUUUCUCAAAUAACGGCUGAAAUGCUACACAAAUCACCUAUUACGGCGAAGAAUGACGUUGCUGCAACCAUGUCUAUUGAGAACUGNNNAUCAGUAGAAGUGAACACUGACACAAAACUAAAUGACUUUUGCUUAGCAGAAGCGCCAUCCAAAACCGUUUCAAAAGCAAAUAAAAGACCUUCAAACUCUUCCCCUCUUGAAAAGCUUACGGCUGUCGCCUCCAAUAAUGGCAGGGCAAAGGCUAAAACUUUUGCAAAAGAACCUAAAACUGUAUCUGCUAAAGCUCACAACAACGUAAUAUCUCAUACGUUAGAACCAACUCUUCAGCGUGAAAACGUCCCUGUUAUUAUAUCCGUUAAGGCAGAAAAGGCGUUGGCAAAUGACACCACUGGAAACUCACGAACUCUUCCAGGAAAGUGUACCCCAGAGCAAGCAUAUUCCUCUUUCAUUUUUAAAGAAGCUCCAGAUACCGGUCUAAAUAGAGACACUGGGCCCAAGGUCAAAAAGGAGAGAAAAGGUGGAAAAGAAGAAGAAGAAGAAGAAGAAGAAGAAGAAGAAGAAGAAGAAGAAGAAAGUGCCACUGAUUUUAAUAUUCCAAUUAAAAGUGUUUGCGACAAACUUGCAAAGUUCAACUUAUACAAAGAAUUGGGUGUAAGAAAUCACUUCCCAGAAUAUGUCACCAUUCAAUUAGGGUUAAAUGACUUUUUCUCUACUGUUACUGUCAAGCAUGUGCCAGAUUUAACAUUAGGCCGUGGACGUCGUACGAAUAAAAAGAUUGAUGAACAAGUAGCUGCAAGUGACGCAUUGCAGAAUAAAAAAUACAAAACAAAACUCAUGGGGAGGAAUAAUGAGGAUGAAAUGAAGCCGGAACUUUUGGAAAAUUAUGCUGACGAUAAUGACAACAGCAAAGACGAAAUUGAAACCUCCUUUUCAAGACCCGAUUUACUUAAUCCACAAUAUAGCCUGACUUAG